UUGACAUCGCGGCCAUUUUGGCUCUGGCCGCCCCGCUCCCAUUGUGUGAGAGAUAGUAAAUACUGACACUGCCAGACAAGCCGAGCACAUAUUUCUCUGCGCGAAUUAAAACACGUUCACCUGAGGUGAUAUUGACUAACAAUGGCCCGUACUAAGCAGACUGCGCGUAAGUCCACUGGAGGUAAAGCUCCCCGUAAGCAGCUGGCUACCAAAGCUGCCCGCAAGAGUGCGCCCUCAACUGGAGGAGUCAAGAAACCUCAUCGCUACAGGCCCGGUACCGUGGCCUUGCGUGAGAUUCGUCGGUAUCAGAAGUCUACUGAGCUGCUGAUCCGUAAGUUGCCCUUCCAGCGUCUAGUUCGUGAGAUCGCCCAGGACUUCAAAACUGACCUGCGUUUCCAGAGCGCUGCCAUCGGUGCACUGCAGGAGGCCAGUGAGGCAUACCUGGUCGGUCUGUUUGAAGACACUAACCUGUGUGCCAUCCACGCCAAGCGUGUCACCAUUAUGCCCAAAGACAUUCAGCUGGCACGCCGCAUCCGUGGAGAACGCGCUUAAACUCUCCUUUUCUAUUGCCCUCUUAAUUUCUUUCCGUCUCUCCACUUGUUCUCCUCCUGCUUUCUUGGUAGAGUUUAGAGUAUCAGUGAUGGGGAGUAACUGUGUCUCAGUCUGCUAGUGCUGUCUAAAUGACGCGUAGGGUACCUAUAUGUGCAUGUAAUAGGUGCUGCUGAUCACACACACACAAGCACGUGCACACACGCAUAUAUACACCUACAAACACACACAUAAUCUUACACAUUUACAUCGGGAGUGUAAACGAGGUCCACCCAUGCUUGGCUUGGCGCCACACAUUCAGAGUAAGGAGAAGGCGUUUUGCCCUUCACACUCACACAUACUCCAUUGUCGAGAUGGAAGAACAGGGUGGUAUCUGGGGUCAGUCUGCUUAAGGGGAGCGGAAACUUCCACAGCAGGGUGCUACUAAAACUGUCUCAGUCCACCUUUGCAGAAAUCUGUCCUUACGUUUUUUUUACAUACCACCUUGCAUACCAUGACCUGCCCCUUAACUCUCUGUUCGAUCCAUCCAGAACUAACAUGUAGUUCUGUUUUAACACCCAUCUUUCCCUUCAUACUGGAGGUGGGUGUGGGGUUGGGCUUGUUCUCUGUGUGAGUGUCUGUUAGUGAUGUGAUCAGCAAAGCAGAAUUGUAUUCAACUGCAAACCAGCAUCUAUUGGUUAAAAGUUGUUACUUGUAAUAUUGAUGAUUACUAUUAUUGUUGAUAUGGUGUCUUUUAUUUUUACUAUGCAUUCAUAAAUUGUUCUGACCACUGUUAGGGAAAAGAUGUAUCUGCUUUAAAUCAGAUUGAAUAAGUUUUUGUUAUCAUAUUAUAUUGGAAGCCGAUCCUGCUCCUCCUGUUAUAACUUCAGGCAGCCACAGGGGGGCGCUCUAAACCAGCCUCUCAUUCAACCUCACUGUUCCACUAACAUAAUGCUCUCCUUUCUUUCUUUGUCUUUCUUUCUCGUUUUCUGUCUUUCAUAUUUGCUCUUCCGAUUCUUAUUUUGUCCAUUUAAAGAUCGUCAUUAGAGUCACAAAGUGUAGCAAAAUUAUUUUAUGUUAAGUAAUUUAGGAGUCUUUCACUUUCUUUGGGUAGAACUUUGCUCCUCCCCUCUAUUCGUGAGACGCAAUGUUAUGUUUCUUAUUCAGAAAUUUAAAUAAGCUGAUCUUUGUAUUUUUCAAAUUACUCAUAUUCUGGUGGUAAUAAAUAGAUGUUACACAAA